AAUACGUCGCUAUGGUAACGGUUGAAACUCUGCAAAGAUCAGCUUGUUAGCAACAGUCUGACCUUUUUCCUCUCUCUUUUCGUACCAAGACUCAUAUUAUCGACAUGCGAUGGAGGGGUCGGAUACAUACCUCAUAAGACCUAAUCAUCAGUACAAGUUUAAGCCAGCCAUUGUGAAGGAAUGUAUUCGAGAAAUUGUGAGGGAGCGCCUGUCUGGGAUGCGUUAUGACCCAGAGGAAGUCCCCGAGCUGUCUCGCUCACUGGCAGACUGCAUUAAGGAUAAAGUAAAGAAUGCAGGAUUUGACAGAUAUAAGCUUGUCGUGCAGGUGGUCAUUGGAGAACAACGAGGACAAGGAGUCAAGAUGUCUUCAAGGUGUUUAUGGGAUGCUGACACAGACAACUAUGCAGAAGAUGUUUUCAUAAACCUUGUUCUGUGUGGCGGCAGUUUUUGGGAGUUAUUACUACUGAAGACAAGAGGAUGGAUGACAGAAUUCUUUCAGAUGAAGAGAAAAGGUGAAAAUCCAAACGAUAGUGCUCACUGUAAGCACUUCUGGUCUACAGUGCGUUGAUCUGAUUUAACUGUAAGUGCUGCAUCUUGAGACAGCUAGCAUCAAGAGUGGAAGUGAUGGAUCUCUGUGCUGAUACUGUGGAAACUCAAAAAUGAAGGAUUUCACCAGUAUUUCCUGACUGGGUUAAGAUGAUGAAGACUGAAUAGUUUUUUUCUUGGAAGGAUUAACAGACUGAAGGUCUUAUUUUCUUGGAAACAUUAUUAGUGUUCGUUCGGUAGACCUGCUGGAUCCAAUGUAUCCAAUGUACUGCAGUACAGUUCGUAUUUGUGCUACACUUAUUGACAUCAUUUUUGGUAAUAAAAAUAAAUAAAUGCCAGUUCAAAUAAACUAUUAAACAUUU